GAGAGGUAUAACAACAAAUGGCGCGAAACGACGGGAAUCUAAUGGAGAGGACAGCUGAGCAGGUUGAAAAGGUCAUCGUUAACGCAAAACUAAAUCCAGAUGAACUUCACCGAGAGACGCAAGCAGUGUUCUUUUCAUCCAACUUUGACAAUUCUAACAUCAAACUGUUGGAGCUAGAUUCUGAGCUGUUAGAAUCACUAGAGGCAGGCACUAGCUUGGUGAUAAGAGGUGACAAGAAUGAACAUGCCGUGGUAUGCACCUCUUCAAAGACGUAUGAACUGAAGGAAGCCGAAACGUCAAACUCUCUCCUCCUCUUACCUCAGUGCAAACUUGCAUGCGAUUUAGAAGACUGUGGCUCGGAUGUGACGCGAAAAGUGACGCCUGUGACGGUGUCUGCUAUGCUUCACCAGUACUACGAGCUGCGUCCAUGUAAACCUCGUUUACAGAAACUGAGGAGAAUGCUUUCGGAAAAUGUCUACCGAGGCACAGAAUAUGAACUGAUGGAUAACGAUUCGGGAAGAAAGUACACAUUUGAUGACCUCCUUGAUCAAAUACAAGCCAGUGAAGAAGAAAUCUUAACUGCAUUAGAAAAUCUACAUGCUUGUGAGAUAGACGGUUACUGGCGAAUGCUCGACUUCGACUACACGUCGACGGUCAUGAAUCGCAUCCUGUCGUACGUCGACGAGAACUCGUGGAGCCACGCCGCCGUGCCGCUCGCCGCGACGCUGGACGUGCUGCAGGAGCUGGAGCCGAGGCGCGUGCUGCACCGCUGCAUGCACUGGUUCGGCAGACGCGCGUCGUCGCCGCCGCCGGACGGAGCGAGCGACGCGAAGGACGCGGUCGUCAGUCUCGACGAAGACAAGAUCUGCCGGAUGUUCGCCGAGGAGCUGCUGCGGCCAACGAGAAACUUUUUAAAACUUCCAAUGAGGUUCAUGAUGGCGUGGAAAGAUAUAAGCCAUCAUGACAGAACGUGUCACACGAUUACGUAUUGGAAGGUAUUUCCAGUUGUGGAGCUCCAGAAGAUUUGCAGGAAAGCAUGCGAGUUCAAUCAGUUGGGCCUAGGGGACAAAUUUCCUACUGGCAAAUCAAGAUUAUCUGCCUUGUUCGCUGCAAAAGAAAAGUGGACCUUUGAAGAAAUAAGGCCAUUUGUUCAAGACCUUGCUACCGACAGCAUGGAUGUAAAUGCCCUGCUGACAAAGUACACCCGCUCGUCUAUGCAGAAUGGGAUUAAGAACUACAGUUCAAAGGGUCCCAGAUGAACUAGGAUCAUCAGGAUAGUUUAGGGCUUCCGUCACAAUUCGCUUACACUUACAGCAAUUUAUGUAUGCAUAAUGAAUUGUUUAGGUAAUGUAUGUACGUUUUUCUUCCAAUUACAAAUAGUGAGUAAGAAUGGGAAUGUAAAAUAAUGCAAAUAAUUAUAGUCAAAAGAACUAUGUUUCAAAAUGAUUCUCAGCAAUGAUUAUUAGUGUCACAUAUACAAAGUAGAAACAUAAUUGGUAGUAUGAAUGAUUGGGAACACAAUCAGUAUCCAUUAUUUAUUUUACACUGGAAAUCGACGUAAAAUUUGAGUCUCCACAUUUCUUAUAUUGUGUACAUGUAAAAUAUCAUAUAAAUAUAUAAAAGCG